UUUAGCUGGUGGUGUGGCUCACCAGGGGCGGACUGACCAUUUGAAAACUCGUGCACUGCCCGAGGGCCCGGGGUCAGUAGGAGGCCCCAUGAGAUGCCCCUGGUACCUUUUUCAUAGGCAUUUUUGAGGUUGGGCAAGGACACAGGGGCCCCAUGAUCCCCUAUUGCCCGGGGCCCCUUGAGUUGUCAGUCCGCCCCUGUGGCUCACUACUGCCUAUCACUGCUCAUCAGUGCUGCCUAUCAGUGACGCCUAUCAGUGCCCAUCAGUGCUGCCUAUCAGUG